CGGCCGCCGCGCGACGCUCUCCCGCCGGCGCCUCUAUGGCGAUCCGCUCCGGCCGCCUCCAUCUCUGUAGCCGGAAAUGGACGGGCCGGGCGCGUUUGUUGUGGUGGACGCCGCUUCCUCCGCUGCCUGCGCGGCCGCUGUGACGGCGAGGCCCCGAGGGGAGAGGGCGAGGUGAGGCGGGAGCCCCGCGAGGGUCAGGGGAGGGAGGCCUCGGGGAAUGGGGCCGUUGGCUGAAGGAAGGGUGUUGGUCACGCAGCAGGGGUGACCGUCGGAAGGGGGCGCGGCGAGCGGAGGAGAGAGAGAGAGAGAGAGGGACCUGGCUGGCACUGAAGGGGGAAUGGGCCUACCUCGCGGGGCUGUUGUGAGGCUGAAUGGGAGAAAGGAGGGGCCGCGUGGGCCACUCUGGGGGGUGAAAGGCCUGAAACAAAUUGCAUGAAUAAAUCACACACACACACACACACACUCUCACACACUCUGCACGUGUAGCCAAUGCAGUGCCGGAUUUAUGCUGAACAAGCUAUAGCUUAGGGCCUCGUUCUCUUGCCCCCCCCCAAAAAAACAAAUUUAAAGGAAAAAUAACCUGGAUGUACAUUUCCAAAAUAUAAGAUGAAAAACAAAUAAAAUAAAACCUACACACAGCAGCAGUGUUUUGUGUUGCGUAGGCUCCUAUGAUGUAAGUCAUGGGCCCUGCCUGCUAGCCUGCUCCCUAAAAUAUCACUUAGAAAGGGUCCCAGUAGCGUAAAGGUAAAGGGACCCCUGACCAUUAGGUCCAGUCGUGACCGACUCUGGGGUUGCAGCGCACAUCUUGCUUUACCGGCUGACGGAGCCGGCGUACAACUUCCGGGUGAUGUGGCCAGCAUGACUUAAGCCGCUUGUGGCGAACCAGAGCAGCACAUGGAAACGCCGUUUACCUUCCUGCCAGAGCGGUACCUAUUUAUCUACUUGCACUGGUGUGCUUUUGUACUGCUAGGUUGGCAGGAGCAGGGACUGAGCAACGGGAGCUCACCACCUUGGCGGGGAUUCGAACUGCUGACCUUCUGAUCGGCAAGUCCUAGGCUCUGUAGGGCCUCCUCAAACCUAAAUCCGGCCCUGGGUGAAGGUUGUGAAACAAAUUGCAUGAAUAAAUCCCUCACACACACACUCUGCACGUGUAGCAAAUGCAGUGCCGGAUUUAUGCUAAACAAGCUACAGCUUAGGGCCCCACUCUCUUGGGGGCCCCCCAAAAAUUUAAAGGAAAAAACACACCUGAAUGUACAUUUCCAAACUAUAAGAUAAACUUCUUAAUUGUAUUUCAGUUCAACAAUUACUUUGAUAAAAUACAUAUUUUGUUAUGUGCAAAUGGCUUUCGAUACCUAUCAGGUCCGCAAAUUACCAGAUAUUCUUAACACAAAAAACACAAAAAACAAUGACAAUUCGUUUUUGAAAAAGGACAGCUGGGUAUGUAAAGGGCCCCAUUACUUUCAGUAGCUCAUGGGUUGGUUUACAGUAUCAAGGCAAAGCUAUGGAAAGGGUAUUUAGAUUGUUUUGAACUGUAGGUGGGGAAAGAGUGGCUUAAAAUGGGGGGAAAAUGUACUGGUUCAAGGUUUGCUCAGCUUGUUCUGGAUAAAGUGUGUGUAGAAAUCCAGUUUGAGGAGGGACCCUGUUGCUGCAGAACUGCUGAUGUUUGGAAGGAAAGGGCAGGCAAGCAAUGAGUUAGUUUAGUGCUCCCUGUAUGCCCUGGUAUUCAUAACAAUGCAUUCAGUGCCCAUUUAGAACUGGAUAUAUAUGAACCUGCUGGGAUUAAAGAGCUUUUCAUUGUCUGCAGGAUUAAAGAGCUUAUCAAGCUCUAAACAGAACAUUAACAUGUUAAGUUGUUAGGAACGGCCUGUUCAACCUGUUCAAUACAGCGCUGCAGACAACUGAGAUUCAUUGAGGCAAGUUCAUAGUUGCAAUUAUCCUUUGGAACCUGGCUGAAGUCUUGUGCAACGUGGUGGAUUAUUUAAGAUUAGACAGUUAUGCUUCUGUUCUAUAGACUGUGAUGUGUGGUUAAGUAAUGUGGUUUAUUUUCCUUUUCCUUUUUUUUUAUUACAAAAUAUGAGAAACCCAACCCACUGACAGUGCUGCUUGUGUUCUUUAGCCUUAGGGCACUUGCAGAGAGGAGUAGAUAGUUCUGAUGCUGGUGAUGCUGAUAAUAAUAAUAAUAAUAGUAAAUAAUACUUUUAUUAUUUGUAUGCCACCCAUCUGACUGGGUUGUUCCAGCCACUCUGGGCGGCUCCCAACAGAAUAUUAUUCUCAAUUGGAAUGACAGCCUACUUGAAUUUAAAAACAAAAUCAAACCCACCCCUGUUGCACUUUCAGAAAAGACACUUCUUCCUGAACUUCCCUGGUGAUAAAGAUAUUCACAUUUUUUUAUUUUUCAGUGUGAGCGCACCACGCUUAUUGUCGCUCAACUUUCUUUCCUUUUCGAUAUAUUUUCUUAAAUUUGAUGUGUAAAAGUAACUAAAUAGAAUAUAUUCACGGGUCCUUCACUGAAUCCCUCUGCUUACUUAAAACCCCCCUUUUCAGUUGUGUUACACCGACUCUGGAAUGCUCUCCACAGCUUGGUGAUGUCUUUUUGCUGCUGCGUGGCGUUCAAAAAUACAUUAGUUAUUUUAUCUAUUGUUACUCUUAUAGUCCAAGGAGUCAUGCGUGGUUCUCCAGUGUGGAGCUCUGCAUUGCUUUCCGUAGAAUCAUAGAAUUGUAGAGUUGGAAGGGACCCAAGGGUCAUCUAGUCCAACCCCCUGCAAAGCAGGAAUCUCAGCUAAAGCAUCCAUGACAGAUGGCCAUCCAACCUCUGCAUAAAAACCUUCAAGGAAAAAGAGUUCACAACCUCCUGGGAGAGACAGUUCCACUUUUAGUCAGGCUUGGGGAAAAACAGCAACACAUUGCUGCUGCUGUUUUAUGCUGCUAUAUAUAUAUUGUGUGUGUGUGUUGUGUGUGUAUGUAUUGUAACUCUUCAUUUUAAACCGUAUUAGCCUCGGUGGGAGGUUUUGCUCAAAGAGGAGCAAAUGAAUACAUUGAGUAAACGAAAUACUUAUUUCCAGGUUGCCCCCAUGAGUUCUUCUGUGGAGGAUGUCCAUGAUCCUCUUUGCCUGCGUGGUUCGGGUGAGGGAUGGACUUCCACUCUCUGCCUCCACGGACUUCCACCUAGACCAGGACUUCUUGGAAUGCAGGAAGAGGCUCAAGACCUUGUCAUCCAUUCUGACAAAGUUUCCAGAGCGUGGGACAGCCAAAGAACGUGACCUCAGUAUACAGUAAGUCAUGUUUCAGCUUGGCAGAGAUGUAGGUUUUCCCUGAAAUUGCCUUGAUGGGUACCUUCAUGUAUGUUUCCUUGAUAGUAACAUUUUAUUUAUGUGUUUGUACUCUGCUUCAUUAAAAUAUAUAUCUACAGUUACUAGAAAAGGUAUGGUAAUAAAAUCCCAGCUAAAAUUUAAGAGAUGCAUAGUGCCACAAUCUGAAAAACAAAACAAAACAAAACAACAACCUACAGCCAUUAGGGAAAGCCUGAAUAAAUAAACAGGUUUUUUAAAGUGUAUGAACAUGCCACGGUUGAUGCCUCUUAGAUGACAUGUAAGACUCGUAGAGCAUAUUGGAUUUUUCCUAUUCCAAAAAUGAGGGGUGCUAAAGUCAAGUAGGGCGUCUGGCCAAGCCUCUCUGUAACCUCUUUCUGCUUUGUCCAAGGUUACUUCCUGAUAACAUGCAAGUUAAACACACAUCCAUAGCUGUGGUCUCUGAUACCAGCAAGCUCAGCAAAGGGUAGUGUUUUUACAACUCUGGGCAGCAGCCUACCCCCUGCAUAUUGAGAGAUAUUCUUUAAAAUCAGUGGAAGUGUAAGGCUCACAGUCUGUCUGUUUCAGGCAAGGGAUGCAGUUCUGUGCUUGAACAGCAAACAAACCCAUCUCCUACAUUGCUGGGAUUCUAGGUGCAGAGCUGUGACUACAGCUAUUGGGUGUUUGUUUGUUUUUUGCUGCUCUGGUCCCUUAGUUAAGUUUAUGUCUGGUGCUUGUAGUGAAUCCUGGGUUUUUCUUCUCAGCUUUCAUUCUUCUGGAGACGUGGCCUGCAUGGGGAUUUGCACCAGCAGUUUCCCAGCUGCCAUGGCGUUCUGCUUUCUGGAAGAGCUCCAGUGGGAGUUUGCCACUACCUAUGAUGCCACCAGUGUGGGCCUGGCUUCCAGACCGUAUGCUUUUCUAGAAUUUGGUGCGUACCAUGCUUGCCUUGUCUCUCUUCUUCCUCCUCCUCCUCCUCUUCAGGAAUCAGUAGCAAGCAUCGCAUUUCAAAUAAAUCAAGAAGCCCGGCUAACAUUCUGCCUUAUACUAGCUGAUAUAUCUUAAUGGCCCUAACCUCAAUUGAUGGUAUCUGCCAGAGAGGAAGCAUAGCGAUAACCAUCCUGCCCAAACAGUGAAAUAAUCUAUUUGUGAUACUUAUUUGGGGUUGCCCUUGGAGACUGCCCUUGUGUCCUUCCCAAGCAAUCUGAGACUUUGUCAUCUUGCCUUUUGCUCUGCCCUCUUCACACCUCUUCUGGUUCUGAGAGACCAGCGGGGAGGAGAGCUGGUCGCAACAGGAGGGGGACCCCCCCCAGCUUUUUCAGCAGCCUGCCUGAUUUUUGCCUCUUGCCCACUCCACUCCAGCCUCCGCUUCUGCCUCUGAUUCUGGGCUGCUUUCUACCACAGACUCCCCCUGCUCACGAAACCCUGUUACCUCUUCGGCUUCUGAUGCCUCCUAUUCCAAGUCUGCUUCCUCUUCUCUCUCUCUCCCAUCUUCAUCCCACCACCUCUUCCCUUACUCUGAGCCUUCUUCUCUUGGGGGGGGGGGCAGUUCCCCACGUGUGCCUCCUGCCACUCCUCUGCAUCCAGCCAGUCCCAUGGCAAUUUUCCUACUUUCAGUGGUUUCUUUUCUUGCUUCUCUGAUGCAGACAAUGUCAUUCAAAAAGUCAAAGGCCGUUUCAAUUACACAAACUGCGCACAGACGAAGUUCAACUUGGAAAAGAUCCAGGAAGAGCUCCUCUUACGGCCUCCUGCACUUGUGAAGUUGGAAGAUGCGGAGCUGAGGAAUGGGAUUGUGAAUGGCCACACGGAGCUCCACAUGGAAUCUGGUGAGUCACAGUCCACAAAGGUGGAUUCUUUGUCAGCCAUACUCAGGAGCUGGUUGGAUACUUUUACUUGCUAAUUAACUUUACUGCAGUUCACUAAUAGUUCCAGCUGAUAGGCCAUAGUCACAGCCGAGGGCUCCAGCCGGCUCUGGAUCCAUUCCAGUCCGGCUUCCGCGCUGGUCAUGGGACCGAGACGGCUCUGGUCGCCCUAACAGAUGAUCUUCGUAGACAGCUGGAUCGAGGCGGGUCGGGGCUGCUGAUUCUUCUAGAUCUGUCAGCAGCUUUCGACAUGGUCGAUCACGAACCUCUGGACCACCGCCUUGCCGACGUGGGGAUCCAGGGCACAGCCCUUCAAUGGCUGCGCUCGUUUCUCUCCGGUCGGGGACAGAGGGUAGCGCUUGGGGGGGAAUUGUCAUCACGCCACUCCUUGGUGUGUGGAGUACCUCAGGGUGCGAUACUCUCCCCGAUGCUUUUCAACAUCUUUAUGCGCCCCCUCGCCCAGCUUGUUCGGAGUUUUGGGCUGGGUUGCCAUCAGUAUGCCGAUGACACCCAACUCUAUCUGUUGAUGGAUGGCCAUCCUGACUCGGCCCCAGACACACUGACCAGAUGUUUGGAAGCUGUGGCUGGAUGGUUACGUGGGAGCCGGUUGAAGCUAAAUCCUUCGAAGACAGAGGUCCUGUGGCUGGGACGGGGCGAUAUGGGAUUGGGGGCAACUCCCAUCUCUUGCGGGGGCGCAAUUAGUGCCAGCACCAUCCGUUAAGAGUUUGGGUGUAAUCUUCGACACCUCCCUUUCCAUGGAGGCGCAGAUUGCAGCUAUAACAAAGGCGGCAUUUUUCCAUCUCCGCCAAGCUAAGCAGUUGGCUCCUUACCUCUCUCGCCCUGACCUAGCCACUGUGAUCCACGCGACGGUCACCUCCAGACUGGAUUAUUGUAACUCGCUCUACGUGGGGCUGCCCUUGAGACUGACCCAGAAACUCCAGCGGGUGCAGAAUGCUGCAGCGAGACUCCUUAUGGGGUCUUCGCUGCGAGAUCACAUUCACCCGGUGCUACACCAGCUGCACUGGCUCCCGGUGGAGUACAGGAUCAGGUUUAAGGUGCUGGUUUUAACCUUUAAAGCCCUAUACGGCCUAGGACCCUCGUACCUACGGGACCGCCUCUCCUGGUAUGCCCCACAGAGAAACUUACGGUCUUCAAAUAAAAACAUCUUGAAGGUCCCAGGCCACAGAGAAGUUAGGCUGGCCUCAACUAGAGCCAGGGCUUUUUCGGCUGUGGCUCCGAUCUGGUGGAACGCUCUGUCACAAGAGACCAGGGCCCUGCGGGACUUGACAUCUUUCCGCAGGGCCUGCAAGACGGAGCUCUUCCACCAGGCCUUUGGCCAGGGCACAGCCUGACUCCCUCCCUCGGCAAUCUUCGCGGAGCUCUGGCCCAAUAGUUGCCAGUGGCCUGAAUUAAUUAAUUUUAUAAUGAAUGAUUUUAGAGUGUUGUUUAUGCUAUACUUUUAUACUGUUUUAUUGUUGUUAGCCGCCCUGAGCCCGGCUUUGGCUGGGGAGGGCGGGGUGGGAUAUAAAUAAAAUUUAUUAUUAUUAUUAUUAUUAAAAAUACAAGAACAAAUAAGAGCUUGCAAAGGCAUCCUAUUUACUUCUGUAAUAGUUGUGGCAUAUUAUUUGGAUGCUAUAGUACUAUCGGGACGUGGGUGGCGCUGUGGGUUAAACCACAGAGCCUAGGACUUGCUGAUCAGAAGGUCGGCGGUUCGAAUCCCCGCAAGCUCCUGUUGCUCGGUCCCAGCUCCUGCCAACCUAGCAGUUCGAAAGCACGUCAAAGUGCAAGUAGAUAAAUAGGUACUGCUCCGGCGGGAAGGUAAACGGCAUUUCCGUGCGCUGCUCUGGUUCACCAGAAGUGGCUUAAUCACAUGACCCGGAAGCUGUAUGCCGGUUCCCUCGGCCAAUAAAGCGAGAUGAGCGCCGCAACCCCAGAGUCGGUCACGACUGGACCUAAUGGUCAGGGGUCCCUUUACUUUAUAGUACUAUCAGAACUUUACGUGAAACUUUAAGCACACUAAAAGUGGUUCACGUGACUUGUUUUGUUAAAUAACCCUGUUGGGUAGAUCAGUAUUGUUACCCAGAUCUUGAUCUCCCAAGAGGAUUCCUCCCAAGAGGAAUACAGUGGUACCUCGCAAGACGGAAAACUCGCAAAACGAAAGGGUUUUUGGUUUUUUGAGUUGCUUCGCAAGACGAUUUUCCCUAUGGGCUUGCUUCGCAAGACGGAAACGUCUUGCAAGUUUGUUUCCUUUUUCUUAAAACCGUUAAUACAGUUGCGACUUGACUUCGAGGAGCAACUCAUAGCACACGGUGUGGUAGCCUUUUUUGAGGUUUUUGAAGACUUUGGUGAUUUUUGAAGCUUUUCCAAAACUUUUCUGACACCGUGCUUCGCAAGACGAAAAAAACCGCAAGACGAAAAAACUCGCGGAACGAAUUAAUUUCGUCUUGCAAGGCACCGCUGUAAGUGCUUUGCAAAUGAUGCUGUGUGGAACUAAUUCAGACACCAGGGUACGUAAGAAACAUGAGAAACGGCUGUAAAUGACAUAGCAGUGCUCACCAGUCUCACUCUCUCUUUCUCAUUCCCUUCCUUCUUUGAACUGGCCUGAAGCUCCUGCUCACAGAAUGCAACCUGUGUCUGCUUUGGGAAUCUUAUCUCUUGUUCUCAACAUUAUGUGUGGAGCGUUGAAUCUCAUCCGAGGCGUUCACCUUGCAGAGUAUUCAUUUCAGGUAACUGGGGAGAUGACGUGGGGACGAGGAGGGUGGAGGUAGGAAUUUCUUUGGUACCUGUCCAGACCCCUGCGAGAUCAGGCCGGUGGCUCAUCUAGUGCAGUAUCCUGUUUUCACAGCGGCCAAGAUAUAUAUCUUAAUGGAAACCCACAAGCAGGGUUGAUUUCUGCAGUCAUGUUUGACAUGAUAAUUUUUUAUAUUCUGCUGGAAGCCACCCAGAGUAGCUGGGGAAACCCAGCCAGAUGGGUGGGCUAUAAUCAUCAUAAUAGUAAUCAUCAACAACACAAUGUAAUUUAACCUUGCUGGGUUAAUGUGGUGAUCUUUGUUAAGGGAACAUUAGUUGCUUAUACAACAGCCAUGUGACUGUAAAUAUAAUUACUUAAGAUCAGAUGUCAAGGUUAGCAACUUCAAUUUUUGAGACUUUCUAGUACACAAUGAACCUGCUAGGAACUGUGCGCAUGUUAAGCCUCUAUGAAAAGAAAAUGUAAGCACUUUAUUUGUUUCUCAUGCUGUUUGGCAUUGGCUGCUGUUUAUACUUUCGUUAGUAUCUGAUUGCAGCAGAAGCACUUAUCAUAUUUGACUCUGCUUUAUAUAUUUUAACCCACCAAUAUCAGUUUUCUGAUAGUUUAUUAUAAAUUUAAAAUGUUAUAAUAUCCAUAUUUUCAACAUGAAUUGUUUGUUUGGAUCAUUAUAUGACAUUAUCGGGCAUUUAGACCUUAAUUGUAAUAAUGUGUUGAUUUGCAAUUUUUGCUUUUGUGUCAUUAGCCACUUUGGGCACAUUUAUGUGGGAGAGCGGCAUACAGAUUAAAAUAAUAACUUAAUACCUGCAAAUUGGCCACUGAUAAAUUUCGACUGGGAAACAUCUGUGGAAUCAACGUCCAAGACAGUAAUGAAACCAGUAAGAGAGUUAAAUAAAUAUCUAGGCUUAUUUUACAUGUUUUGCCCAGUGGGGGCCCCCACUCCGUCUUUUUAACAGAGCAAGAGUAACUUAGAUAUUGCAAAGUUCUGUGCAAGUUGAAAGCUGGUCAAAUGUGAACCAAUUAAACCAGACUCCGUUCAAAACAGAUGAACUGAUCUAUCUCAGAAGAGGUCUUGACAUCUUUGAUGGGUUUGAUGUGAGUGCAAACACCAUUUCCCCCUAAAUGGGGCUGUUGUUUGUUCAGAGCUGUAAAAAUGUAUUGUUUUACAAACUCCUUUUUUAUUUAAAUGAUGUGGAAUAAUUUUGAACUAGAUGAGUACUUUGGUUUACAUUUGUUUCUUCAGUGGCAUGACUCACUGUGUACACAGUCUUAAUUGUAAGUUAAAUACCAGUUCAGUUCCUUCCUGAUUCUGUUGUUUUGAGUGCUGAAGUAAUAAAAUAAAGACCACUGUGUACCUUCUUGAAACAAAUUCAUUCAGGCUUGCACACAGUCAGGGAGGCUUUCCAAAUGCUUUCUGCCCCCUCCUUUUAGAUGCACAUGACUUAACACAGAUAUAGAUCGGCAGGCAAGAGAGUAUUUUUUCCUCCUAUGGUCUAAUAACUUUGUGGACUUAUUUGCACCGACUGAGUUAAUUUGACCUUCAAAUGUCAUCUUCCAACAGGAAGACCGCAAAGGAAUUGGAAAUGUGAUAGCAUUUCUCCUUCCCUUUGUAGCCUGCUUUUUGUUGGUAAGUAUAUUAUCUGUUUUCUUCCCACGAAAAUCAGACAUGACAUGAUUUGCAGUCUUGCGGGGGGCAGGGGACGCGGGUGGAGCUGUGGAUUAAACCACAGAGCCUAGGACUUGCCGAUCAGAAGGUCGGCCGUUCGAAUCCCCGCGACGGGGUGAGCUCCCGUUGCUCGGUCCCUGCUCCUGCCAACCUAGCAGUUCGAAAGCACGUCAAAGUGCAAGUAGAUAAAUAGGUACCACUCCGGCGGGAAGGUAAACGGCAUUUCUGUGCGCUGCUCUGGUUCGCCAGAAGCGGCUUAGUCAUGCUGGCCACAUGACCCGGAAGCUGUCUGCGGACAAACGCCGGCUCCCUCAGCCUAUAGAACGAGAUGGGCGCCGCAACCCCAGAGUCGGUCACUACUGGACCGAAUGGUCGGGUCCCUUUACCUUUAUAGAAUAUAGAGUCGUAAGGGACCCUAAGUAUCGUCUAGUCCAGGCACGUCCAACAUGUAGAGGGCUUUCCCCCUCCCUAAGAAAAGCUCAACAACUUUGACCUGAACCCCCCAAAAGGGGUUAGCUCACUGCUAGUUUUUAACUGUGAGUAGAUCGCAGUCUCUUGGGAGCUGGCCACCCCUAGACUAGUCCAACCCCCUUGCAAUGCAGGAAUACGCAGCUGUCCCAAAUGGGGAUCGAACCUGCAACCUUGGCGUUAUCUGGAGAAACCAGAAAUUGGACCUAGGAACUCUCGCAUAUGAAGCUAUGUCCCUUCCUUUCAUAGCCUGGUUGCUAAACUUUGCUAAACUUCUCUCUGGUUUUCUUCCUUUUCCAGUGCUGCCUUUACCUGUUCUACAGUUCAGCCAGGAAGAUAAAGGUCUUUGUACUUUUCGUCACAAUCUGUCUAUGCAACAUCUACCUGUAUGGGUUAAGGAACAUAUGGCAGAUACUUUUCCACAUAGGAGUGGCUUCCCUUUCUUCCCAUCAGAUACUGACACGGCAAGUUGUGGAGAAACAGCCAGACUUUGGAGUAUGAAAACGAUCGUGGAAAACCAGCUGCGGGUUGUUGUUUUUUAAAAAAUGUUUGGUUUGGGAAAGGGGGUGUUUAACGCUGGUCAAAACCAGCUUGUGUAAAAUGGCGAGGGUUUUUUUUGUCACCCAGCCUUUCCCAGAAGAAUGGGUUUUAGCCCACAGUUGUGGGUUUAUAGAAGCUCAAGGGAACAGGCAUACACUGUGUCCAACUCAAGGAAGGGUCCUUUGAGCACCAGUCCUUUUCAGAUCAACGCACAUAAUCUAGAGAAUGAUCUGGAUGCCCUUGCCGGAGUGAAGCAGAGCCGAGGGCCUGAUAGGUCCUUCCUGUUCUGGGAUUCCGGGAGAAAGAUAGGCUGCAGUUUCCAGCAACCAUAAAACAAAUAAUCUGAUCUGUAGUGUCCUGCAAGCAGAGAGCAGGAGAGCUCUAGACAACCCCAGAACAUCAGUCCAUGCCCCACUGGAGAAGGCAAGCCAUACAGGGAUGGUGAUUGUUGCUUUCACGGUGAAACCCCCCCUAAAUACGUUCCAGUCAGUCAAAUACCCACAUGGCACCACAAAGGCCAGGCUUUCGACUCCUACAAGUUUAAGACACAGGUAGAGCUAAUAGAAUGGUUCGUGGCUUUUUUAUGGCAAAGAUGGCUUUAAAUGGUAGGCAGCUAAUUGUGACUACGCUAGGGGAGUAGCAACUGAUAUAAUCUCGAAUGCAGAUGAUAGAUGCCGUUUGCAUGCAUUUAGAUUAAUAGUAAUGAACGACUUGUUGGGCAAAUGCUUUGUAUGUAUUAGAGGUAACAGGAGGAAAAGGCUAAAGAGCUAAAUAGGAGGUUUAUCAGUAGAAGGUGGUCCAUUGGGGCAAAUAGGCAGUGCCCCACCAGCCCAGGUGUGCUCUCAGCCAGGCCUCACCUGCCUGCUUUCUUGCUCGCAAGCUGUCCAGAAACUGGCUCUGUCAGCUUCUCCUCCUCCUCUUUCGUCUCAGUGUUGCUCUUGUGUAACUCAACAGGAAGGAGGAUGGGGGCAAAAAUAGAGUUGAUUGGUUCUGCCUGUCAUUGGCUCUGGCGCCACCUGCUGUUGGGCUCCCUGCCUUCUGCCCUACCAGUCCCAACAUGCACCCCCCAUCAGCGGUGUUGAUGUUCCUUUGCAAAUCAUCCAGGCGGACGUUCCUUGCACAUCCUAUUCAGCACUUUUUCUUCCUGGCCUGUGUGGUGUUUGUACAAAGGCACUGAAGGUAGAACAGGGUAAAAAAAAGAGGUCCGUUGGCAGAACAGAGAAGUGGGAGAUAUCAGUACUAGGCAUUGUCUCACUGAUGGGGAUCAGGCAGCACAAAUGAGCCCCCCGCAUUUGCUCCCCAUGCAGAUAAAAACAUUUCAGCUUAACUGGACAGCUUUUAAAUAGCGACCAGGGUGCAAGUUGUCUGCCAGCAACAGCACUGGUUUAGGGUGGCUUCUGGCAACUGGUGCAUCUGUUGUGAUUCUUAAAGAGUUCUAGCUUUCACUUAAAUAAACGAAAAUGUUUCUAGUCGUGUGGGCUAAGGAAAUGAGACUAAAAAGAGAGAGAGAUAGUCUUCUGACAAGUCUAUAGAGAAGGGAAACAAGCCUGGACUCCAGUUCCAGCUUCUCUGCCUUCCUGUCUUGCAGCCCACACCUUUUAAAAAGAAAAAGCAACUUGCUCUAUGGCAGGGGCUCCCAAUAGCCUCCCUAAUGCAGCUUUCCGUGUGCAGAAAAUUUCCCGAAGGAACUUUCAAUCUCCCUUUCAUGGUCCGCCCUGAUACAAUUCAGGCACAUUUAUUAACUUUUGUAAGAAUAUAUGAUUCAUAUUAAUGGAAGCUAUUGCCCUGUAACUGAGACUAGAGCAGGUUCUCUCUCUCCUGAUACUCUUAUUGCAGCUCAUUGGAUGUAUUUAAGAUUUGUGAACAGAGUUUAAUUUAAGAGCAUGCACUUUUGAAAGUAGUAACUAGAACCUGUGCUCCUCUCAGCCUCUGCUGCACUGUACAGUCCGGUAUUUAAUGUGUAGAAAUAUGCCAGCAUUUACACCAUUUGUGAACCCUUUUUGAUAACUUUUGGAACAAAGUUUGUCGUGUAAAGUUUUGAUGCAGUUUUUCUCGGUGACGGAUUAAGAUGUUUUCCAGGACACUCUCUUACUUGUGAUAGUUUGGGGUUAGAGUUAUUUGUUGGACUUCAAACCAUUCUCACAUUCAUCCUUACUGCAUGUCCUGCAGGACUCAUCCCCCUACUCAGGAUUUUGUAUUUUCUCUCGACUAUGAGAGUGGUGGGGAAAGGAUGAAGAGAAUUAACUUUCUUAGUCUGCAGACAGCUUGAGGUGCGAACUGAAGAAACUAAUAAUUCUCUAAAAUCUGCUGGUAGCUCACACUGAGACUUCAUUGUGUGUUUAAUAGCUGACACCCACCUCAAGUCACAAAAGCAACUCAUAUCAUCUCCUGCUUCCCCUUCACUACCAAAACCAUUUCCUCUCCUCUGCCUGCUAUCCCAAAUACAUCUUGUUCCCCUUCUAAUUUCAGCAUAUCAGUGGAAUGCGCUUCAUCUGUGUUUUCAUUUUUUUUCUUAAAAGGAAAGUUCUUCAAAACUUAGCCUGUGACCCUCAGCAAGCUUAGAGAUUAUCCAAAGAGUCAGAAAAAUCUCUUGGUACAGCGAUUAGGUGGGGAUGGCGUUUUUGAAUGAACCAACGCACAAACUCCCUUCAGCAUAGAAAACUAGUAUGCCAGAAAGUGCACUUCACUUCUUUUUAGGAACGCGCUUUUUUCUUUUCACCUGUGGGGCAUUCACACAUGCGCAUGCUUCCUUCUCCAAUUGUGUAAUUACGUCAUGCACAGAAACGUCGCAUGAAAUCAGCAAGAUUUCUUUUCAAGCCGACGUAUUUGGCGUUCAGGUUUUUGAUGAGGCUGAGCAGCAGUGUCAAUCCCUGUACAGAUUUCCACAAGACAUAGGGGAAUCCAGAGGGUCAAAUGCAGGGCAGAAGUUUGUGCAAUGUGGGUAACCAACUGCGCAGCUAGUUCUGUGCUUCCACCUGGGCCCCCUUGGCUGGUUCAAAGCUGGCACUGCUGUCGGUCAGCCACUUUCAUUUUGGUGAUCUGCAACCUGCAGGGAAGCCACAUACACAAUGCAAGUGCUUUAUGGUCUUGCUUUUCCCUGCAACCUCUUAGCCCAGUGUGCUUAGUGCCUCCUGGUUUUACAGAUGGGGUAACAGGCUGCCCGGGACGCGUGUGGCGCUGUGGGUUAAACCACAGAGCCUAGGACUUGCUGAUCAGAAGGUUGGCGGUUCGAAUCCCCACAACGGGGUGAGCUCCCGUUGCUCAGUCCCUGCUCCUGCCAACCUAGCAGUUCGAAAGCAUGUCAAAGUGCAAGUAGAUAAAUAGGUACAGCUCCGGCAGGAAGGUAAACGGUGUUUCCGUGCACUGCUCUGGUUCGCCAGAAGCGGCUUAAUCAUGCUGGCUACAUGACCCGGAAGCUGUACGUCGGCUCCCUCGGCCAAUAAAGCGAGAUGAGCGCCACAACCCCAGAGUCGGUCACAACUGGACCUAAGGGUCAGGGGUCCCCUUACCUUUACCUUUAACAGGCUGCCCAAACCAACCUCAAGGCGAGCCAAGGAUUGCCAGGCCGAAACCCACAGCCCCAUCCUCUUGACCAUAACGGCCACCAUUAUUUUGAUACUGUGUCAUUUACAAAGGAGAAGUUUGAUACGCUGAUUUCACAUAUUUUGAGUUUUUAAAAAAUAAAAAGGGCAUGUGCUAGGCUGAUUGGGGAAAUUAAUGAGACAGCAUGAGAAUCUCCGGGUUGUGGGUUCGAAACCCACACUGGGGGAAAAGAUUCCUGCAUUGCCCGGGGUUGGACUAGAUGACCCUCGAGGCCCCUUCCAGCUCCACAGUUCUUUGAUUCUAUGAGCCUAGGUCUCACUGAGGUGGUCUGUCCCUGAGUUUGUCUAUGGGUGGGGGCUUUCAGGGUGGAAAUUCCCCCAAUGCUAAAUAAAUUCCCUGCUCAUGGAAAACCAGCGUGUAAGGGAGAAGGCUAGAGUAGAACCCUUCUCCUAACAACUUGAUAAGAUGGUUUCUUUUGCUUAAUGAAAUGUUUUAUCCUGUGAGCCCCACAACCUACGGUCUGAAGCAGCAAAACCCAGAUGUUGAGUAGAUCACGUUACUGAACGCUGACUCUUUACAGCAGUGUUUAGAACAAUUUCCCUGUGUUAACUGCUGUGCCAUUACAGUAUCUCGUUUAUGUAACGGGAUUAUAUCCAACCAAGUUUUACUCAAAGUAGAUCCAUUGAAUUGAAUGGAACUAAGUUAGCCGUGCCCAUUAAUUUCAUUGGGUAUUGUAUACAACUCAAUCCAACAAAUUGAUUAAAACCAUGCUGAAAAGGGGCAGAGUUAAGAAUGUAUUUUGAAAAGGACACAUAUAGGAUGGUUUUGUGCUGCUUUAGUAAACGAUGCCCAUUCCUGCUUCCUCAUUUCACACUUGAGUUUUGUUUUAGUAACAGCCAGCUAAUGCCACAUUUUAAUUUGUACAAUUAACAGGCAGGUUAGGAUUUUAAGCAAGCUCCCAUCCCCUUUUUAUUUUCAAACCAAAGAGAUUCUUCAUACUUUUUUUGCGUGUGGAAAAAGAGGUACCAUUUUUCUGGAGAUGUUUUUGCACUGUAUUAUAAAAAGACUGAUCUUUCGUCGCUGUCGAAGUCAUUUUUUUUGCAUGGGUGUACAUAUGUAUAUAAACUAACGGACAAUUAAAAGUCAAAGAAUAAAUGACCUUUUUGU